UGAAAAAGUAGAUGAUCCCAAAAUUGUGGGAUGGGUUCAUCUACUUUUUUUGUUUAAUCCCUCUAUCUCGUUCCCAUUCCUGAUUCCUCUCCACCCUUUUUAGACUUUUAAUUAAAAAGACCAUACUCAUUUUAAACUGCUUUCGGAUGAACAUAAUAAAUAGUACAAAAAAGUAACAAUUGGAUCCGAUUGAUCGGUCUACUCCUAUCGCAACAUCAAGACUUUGUUCACCCCAACAUGCUACGUAGUAUUAUACGAACUAGUGUUCCACAGGUGGUAGAUAUUCGGUUGAUUUGGGUAACCUCCAACGCAAUCGAAGGAACGAGAUUGGGAGGAAGAAAUCCCGCAAAGGUAAAGAACUUGCCGGUUCUUCAUCUCAAAGCCGAGAUGAUUUUGAAACGGGUUACCAAAGGCGAGAUGGAGAUGCGAUGUCCGAAGAACAACUCCAACAAGAAUUGGCCCGACAUAAUAACCGCUUUCUACAACAACAACAAAUGCCGACGACCAUUGACGAAGAGGAGCUUGAGAAUGAAGAUGCGGAGGAAUUGGAACCGGAGACGGCCGAGGAGGAGGGUGCCGGCAGCCACGACGCCGACGCGCCUGCCUCAUCCCAAACCGCCACCGGUAAUAAAAAAAGUAAGUCUGAACUAAUGAAAAAUAAUUUUGAUAAAUGGAAGGACCCACAAACCGGCUAUUGGCACGCAACUUGCAAGUGGUGCAACAACAAUUAUAGUUUGGGAACCUCCGGCGGAUACGGAUCCGCCGCAAGGCAUCUUAAGGCAAAGCACCCCGUGGAGUAUGCAAAAUUAGGCGGCGGAACGGGGAAGCAAACUCAAAUAUCGAGGUUUGCGAAUUCUCAACCUUUUGGUAAUUUCUCCUACAAUGAUGCACAAAAUUUGACUGGUAUGGCUAACUUAAUUUGUGAAGAAAAUUUGCCUUAUUUGUUUUCUGAAAGUCUUGCUUUAAGAGAUUAUGCACAAGGUAGUUUAAAUCCUCAAUUUAGAAAUUAUAGUCGCAAAACUGUUAAGAAAGAAAUAAUAAGGCUUUAUAAUGCGGAAAAGGAAAGGUUACAAAUUUUUUUUGCAAACUUUGAUGGGCGUGUUACUAUUUGUUCUGACAAAUGGAGGAUGAUUUUCAUCAUUUAUAUUAUUUGGGUUUGACUGCACAUUAUAUUGAUGAGGAUUGGAAUAUGCAUAAACGUGUUCUUGCUUUUCGUGAAUUUAAUGAUCGUCACACCGCUGAACAUAUUUAUAUUUUGAUUGAGCGUAUUUUAAUUGAGUAUAAUUUGAUUGAUAAGGUGUUUGCUAUUGGUUUUGAUAAUGCUACUAAUAAUACUGCUGCUAUACCUAGAUUGCGUGAGUUGUGUGGUGCCAAUUCUUU